AUGGAUAAACCAUCCACAUCUCUUCCAAAACCCCUGAACCCUUAUCGAAGGGGCUGCAGGCUCACAGUUCGAACACACACACACCCCCCCUCCCCCCAACGCGAUCCCGAAUGUCAGGAACGGCGAGAAGUGAGCCCAGUCGAACGAUGCCUGAAAUAUCCCCCCUUACCCGGCGGACCGUUAGGACCAGGUAUUGUGGCCCUGAAGAUCGAGGCAUUGAUCAGAGCCGGAGACGGUCGCAAUUCUCAGGUCAUGGCGGUACAGGUUCUAGAUGCCAGCCCUGAUCUUGACGGUCGUUUCCCUGCCAGUCGAACGGUGGUGGCUAAGAUCUAUGACCCGCUCUACGUUGACGAUGAAGAAAACUGCGUGAAUCCGUUUCGUAGCAUGGAUCGGUGCUACACCCAUGAGGCUCGCGCGUAUGAGCUACUUUCGUUUGACCAUAGGUUUCGGGGAGAUGAUCUGCCUGUUCCUCGUUACUGUGGGUCUUAUUCAUUGGAUAUCACAGAAGCAACUGGGAGUCGCACCGUUCGACUGAUCCUGCUUGAACAUAUAGGCGGAAUGAACAUGUUAGAUGCGAAUCAGGACGUGUUCGCCUUCCCUCAGCACACCCGCCAACAGAUGAUGAAAUCGAUCGUCGACUUUGAAAGCUACCUCUUCGAACGCGAUAUAUGGCUCCGCGACGUGUGUCCUCGAAACAUCAUCAUCGCACAAGAUCCCGACGUUGAUUCUUUCUCUAAUCCCGGUCCUUUCCGUGGUCUCAAUCCCAAAAGACUCGUCUUUGUGGACCUCGCCCACGCUCUCUUUAAACGCAUGUGGGACAGUGCGAAUCCCGAGGAGGACGUGGAGUCGAUCAUAGGUAAUAGGUGUCAUGGGCAGUACAUCUCGCCUCUUCUGAGAUGGGAUGAGGGCCAAGCGUUGAAGUUUCAGGAUUGGUUCGAGGAUUGGGAUUGGGAUGAGUGGAUUGCGGCUGAGUAUGCGCAUACUGCUGCGAGUAUUACGCCUGAGAUUCGGAGGGCAUUUCCGGGUCCUGAUGAACCUCUGUUCUAG